AUGAAGUCCUGUCCCUUUUCAGUUAUUCCUUUCCUUUUUUCCAUUGUCAUUCUUCUUCCCCUUGCUUUCUCUGACCUGAAUUCUGAUAAGCAAGCCCUUCUUGACUUUGCUGCUGCUGUUCCCCAUCGUCGCAACCUAACUUGGAACCAUGCUUCCCCAGUCUGCACAUCCUGGGUUGGCAUCACUUGCAAUCUAAAUGGCACCCGGGUGACUGCCCUCCGACUUCCUGGAGUUGGACUUGUGGGCUCUGUCCCAUCAAACACCGUUGGUAGGCUAGAUGCCCUUCGGAUUCUUAGCCUUCGAUCCAAUCUCCUCCGUGGUAACCUUCCUUCCGAUAUUACCUCCCUUCCUGUACUCCAGAAUCUAUACCUCCAACAUAACAACUUCUCUGGUGAUAUUCCGGCCUCUUUUUCUCUUCAGCUCAAUGUUUUGGAUCUAUCAUUUAAUUCCUUCACUGGCAACAUUCCACAAAUAUUACAUAAUUUGACACAACUCACUGGAUUGAACCUCCAGAACAACAACCUUUCUGGACCCAUACCUGAUCUCAACCAACCCGGGCUCAAGCGUCUAAAUUUAAGCUACAACCAUCUUAAUGGCUCUAUCCCGUCUUCCCUUCAAAGAUUUUCCAAUUCAUCCUUUGUGGGAAACUCACUUUUAUGUGGAGCACCUCUUAAAGCUUGCUCCCUCGUCCUUCCUCCGCCACCUCCUACUCACAAUCCACCACCACCAGUAGUUCCUCAGAAACGAAGCUCCAAAAAGAAGCUGAAGUUGGGAGUUAUCAUUGCGAUUGCCGCUGGAGGGUCUGUUCUGCUGUUGCUGUUAGGCCUUAUCAUAGUUCUCUGGUGUUUAAAGAAAAAAGAUAGUGGAGGAACUAGUGUAUUGAAAGGAAAGGCUUCUAGUGGUGGAAGGAGUGAGAAGCCUAAGGAGGAUUUUGGAAGUGGGGUGCAAGAACCUGAGAAGAACAAACUCGUUUUCUUUGAAGGUUGUUCUUACAAUUUUGAUCUUGAUGAUUUGUUGAGGGCUUCUGCUGAAGUGUUGGGAAAGGGGAGUUAUGGCACAGCAUACAAGGCCGUCUUGGAGGAGGCAACAACAGUGGUAGUCAAAAGGUUGAAGGAAGUGGUCGUUGGGAAGAAGGAUUUUGAACAGCAAAUGGAGGUUGUGGGAAGAGUUGGACAGCACACAAAUGUUGUUCCACUCCGUGCUUAUUAUUACUCAAAGGAUGAGAAGCUUCUAGUUUAUGAUUACAUCUCAAAUGGGAGCUUAUCUGCUCUUUUGCAUGGAAACAGGGGAGGCGGAAGAACUGCAUUAGACUGGGACUCCAGGAUAAAGAUUGCCCUUGGAACUGCAAGAGGAAUCGCUCACAUCCAUUCUAUGGGUGGUCCGAAAUUUACUCACGGAAAUAUCAAGUCCACAAAUGUCCUCCUCAGCCAAGAUCUUGAUGGGUGCAUCUCUGAUGUUGGCCUGACUCCUCUCAUGAAUGCUCCUGCCACUACUCGGAGUGCGGGCUAUCGAGCUCCGGAGGUGAUUGAAAACCGCAAGCACUCUCAUAAAUCAGAUGUGUAUAGCUUUGGCGUAGUCCUCCUUGAGAUGCUGACUGGAAAAGCUCCUCUCCAGUCACCAGGGCGUGAUGAUAUGGUUGAUCUCCCUCGGUGGGUCCAGUCUGUUGUCAGGGAGGAAUGGACUGCUGAGGUUUUUGAUGUUGAGCUGAUGAGGUACCAAAACAUUGAAGAAGAAAUGGUGCAAAUGUUGCAAAUUGCAAUGGCAUGCGUGGCAAAGGUGCCAGACAUGCGACCUAACAUGGAAGAAGUUGUUAGAAUGAUUGAAGAAAUCCGGCAAUCUGACUCAGAGAACCGGCCAUCUUCCGAAGAGAAUAAAUCAAAGGACUCAAAUGUGCAGACUCCUUGA